AUGGAGGACCACGGCAACGACGUCGGCGGUGUCCCCGCCGGCUUCCAGAAGCUCGCCCAGAACCUUAGCCUCGACCAGCACGGCCUCGCAGAGCCCGUAGACGUGCCCCACCUCUACGAAUCUCACCACGCCCAGCAGUCGUCCGGCCCUGCCGUCCCUGCCGCCGCCUCCGCUGUCACGGCCGACGACGUCGCUGCCAUUGCCGCCAACAUUGACGCGCCCCCGGCUUCCCUCUCGACCCCGGCCGUCCCUGCCGCCACCGCUGCGCCUGCCCACGACGACAACGUCGACGUCCUUGACAAGGCCGGCGCUGCUGCCUUCGCCGCUCCGCCUGCCCACGACGACGACGUCGACGUCCUCGACAAGGCCGGCGCUGCUGCCGUCGCUGUCCCCCGCGAGCCCGUCGCGCAGCCCUCGCCCGCCGUCGCCGCCGCUGCCAUGCAGCUCCCCUCCCGCUCCUCGGCCUCGACCUCCGCCGCCGCUGCCACCAAGAGCGGCCCCGCCGAGGCCAAGAUGGCGCCCGGUGGAAAAGUCAGGCUGACCAACUACCCGACGAUCGCCAACGCUCCGCUGCCCGCCGAGGGCAACGGCACCUUCAACAACUACCACCUCGCCGCCCUCAUCUUCUUCGCCCCCGCCGUCGUGCUCCGCAUCGUCCCCUUUGUCAACCCCAAGUGGUUCGGCUGGUUCUCGUACUUUGUCCUCAUGGCCGUCUUUGGCCUCCCCGUCACCAUCGCCUACUGGAUCGCCGUGGCCAAGUUUGGCCCGCGCAUCAACGAAAAGGUGGCGCUGCCCGGCCGCCCCAUCGAGCACUACAUGGACAUCCGCGACCCGGAGCUGCGCGCAAAGUACCACGGCAACAACAAGAUCCCCUACCAGACGUUCCACGACGCCUACUUUGCGGGCAAGAUUGAGCCCAAGAUGGACUACCUCGAGCUGCUCGAGUACCGCGCCGACUGGUGCUCGUUUGUCCUCACCUGGGACCAGUUCCGCUUCGUCCUCUUCCAGAUGGUGCCCGAGGUCAUCAUGCACACGGCCAAGCAGGACGAGACCCAGAUCCAGGACAACUACGACCGCGGCGACGACUUCUACGCCUGGUUCCUCGGCCCGCAGAUGAUCUACACGUCAGGCAUCAUCUCGGACCCGCACCGCAAGGAGACGCUCGAGGAGCUGCAGGACAACAAGCUCAACCUCGUGUGCUCCAAGCUGGCCCUCAAGCCCUCGGACCGCGUCCUCGACAUUGGCUGCGGCUGGGGCACCUUUGCCGCGUUCGCCGCCAAAAACUACGGCUGCGACGUGACGGGCGUGACGCUGGCAAAGACCCAGACGCGCUUCGGCAACGACCGCCUGCGCAAGAACGGCAUCGACCCUUCGCAGGCGCGCAUCCUCAACCUCGACUACCGCGACAUCCCCGUCCAGCCGGGCCACUACAACAAGAUUAUCUCGCUCGAGAUGGCCGAGCACGUCGGCAUCCGCCACUAUGGCAAGUUCCUCCGCGACGUCUACACGCUCCUCGACGACGACGGCGUCUUUGUCUUCCAGGUGGCCGGCCUGCGACCGGCGUGGCAGCACGGCGGCCUCCACUGGGGCAUCUUUAUGAACCGCGACGUCUUCCCGGGCGCCGACGCGUCGCUGCCGCUGGGCUGGGUCGUGACGCAGCUGGAAAAGGCCGGCUUCGAGAUCCGCUCGGUCGACGUGGCGGGCGUCCACUACAGCGCCACGAUCCUGCGCUGGGCCGAGAACUGGGAGUCGAACCGCGCCCAGGUGGUGGCCAAGUACGGCGAGGAAAUGUUCCGCCGCUGGCGCCACUUUUUGUGGUCGAGCGUCAUUGUGGCGCGCGAGGGCGACAGCAGCGUCUUCCAGUUUGUGCUGCACAAGAACCUCAACGCCUUCCACCGCAUCGAGGGCGUCGAGAGCCACGGCGGCCUCCUGCCGCGCCCGCCCAUUGCCAACUUUACCAGCGUGUACAAGUAG